GAGCAAAGAGAGUCACGCUUAGCUAGAAAGUAGCUGGGAACUACAAUUCCCGUAGUGCUCCACGCCUUCCGUUCUGGCUAGUGAUGACGUGCUGUAUUCUGGGAUUUGUAGUCGUACGUGUCCUUACGCAUCCCACCUGGAAAGUGCGAUCAGUACCACUUCAAAUAAAGGCUGUACAGCUAUCAGCUGGGCUGACCAUGGCCCUUUCUGUGGAGACGGAGUCGCACAUCUACCGAGCUCUGCGCACUGCUUCUGGGGCUGCAGCCCACCUUGUGGCCUUGGGCUUUACCAUCUUUGUGGCUGUUCUCGCCAGACCUGGCUCCAGUCUAUUCUCCUGGCACCCUGUUCUUAUGUCUCUGGCUUUUUCCUUCCUGAUGACUGAGGCACUCCUCAUGUUCUCUCCGGAGAGUUCACUGCUGCGUUCCCUCUCACGGAAGGUUCGAGCACGCUGCCACUGGGUGCUCCAGCUGCUGGCCCUACUGUGUGCUCUGCUGGGUCUAGGUCUUGUCAUCCUUCACAAAGAGCAGCUUGGCAAAGCACACUUGGCCACUCGCCAUGGGCAGGCAGGGCUGUUGGCGGUGCUGUGGGCAGGUCUGCAGUGCUCUGGGGGCUUGGGGCUGCUCUACCCCAAGCUGUUGCCCCGAUGGCCCCUGGCAAAGCUGAAACUCUACCAUGCCACUUCUGGGUUGGUGGGCUACCUGCUGGGUAGUGCCAGCCUCCUGUUGGGCAUGUGCUCACUCUGGUUUACUGCCGCUGUCACUGGUGGUGCCUGGUACCUGGCUGUGCUGUGCCCUGUCCUCACCAGUUUGGUAAUCAUGAACCAAGUGAGCAAUGCCUACUUAUACCGCAAGAGGAUCCAACCAUGAGCACUUCCCAGCCACCAGGAGCCUGGAUUUUCCACCUCAGCAUAGGACCUGGGGCUGGAAACCUGCUGGCCCCGCUUAGCUGAUGGGGCCAGGGAACACUUCAGGUACUAGGGCACUCAGGGGUAGAUCUGUGUCAGUUCUGCUCCUCAUGCUAGAGUGUCCCCUUUUUCUUUUCUUGCUGUCAACCCAGAGGAGGAGGGAUCACGUGUCUGGAUGAAGUUGGGGGCUGCAACAUACAGCUUAUAUUUGUACUGGUAUGUCCAGAGAUCAUGGAUGAAAAAUAGUAAAAUAAAAAAAAAAACAAAAAACAAAAAUAAAGUGAGCAAAGACUGA